UCUGCCAACGUGCUUAUCAAUUUCCGAGGAGUUUCCCAAAUAUAUACCCCGCCACCAGCAUCUCUCACCAACUUCACCUCGUCAACAACACGCAUGUUGGGCGAUUUCGACUCCUCAAAUCCAUCAUGUCUCCCUCACUAGAAGAACCGACCGCCAGCGAUGUCCUCGAUGUCAUCAAAAACCCGCUCAAAGCCCCGCCACAGCUGGUCGCCCCAGAGCCAGAACACUGUGUAGGUCCAGAGUCCGAACAAGCCGGCACCGCAGAUUCCUGCCAAGGUUGCCCUAACCAAGCCAUCUGCGCUUCCGCACCGAAGGGUCCUGAUCCCGAUAUACCACUCAUUACGGCACGCCUUGCAUCCAUCUCUCAUAAGAUCCUCGUCCUCAGUGGCAAGGGCGGCGUGGGCAAGUCCACCUUCACCACCCUCCUAGCGCACGCCUUCGCCCGCAACCCCGCCUCCACAGUCGGCAUUAUGGACACAGAUAUCUGCGGGCCCUCGAUCCCCAAGAUGAUGGGUGUGGAAACCGAGACCAUCCACGUCAGCGCCUCGGGCUGGAGUCCCGUCUGGGUUGCCGACAACCUCGCCGUUAUGUCCGUCCAGUUCAUGCUUCCUUCCCGCGACGAUGCUGUUAUCUGGCGCGGCGCAAAGAAGAACGGAUUAAUCAAGCAAUUCCUCAAAGACGUCGAGUGGGGGCCCAUGGACUUCCUACUUGUGGAUACUCCGCCAGGAACAUCCGAUGAGCAUCUCAGCGUCAAUGCAUUCCUCAAGGAGAGUGGCGUUGAUGGUGCAGUUGUGGUCACCACGCCGCAGGAAGUUGCGCUCCUGGAUGUGCGUAAGGAGAUCGAUUUCUGUCGUAAGGCAGGCAUCAAGGUCUUAGGGCUCGUAGAGAACAUGUCAGGGUUCGUGUGUCCGAAGUGCACGCACGAGAGUCAGAUCUUCCAGGCGACGACUGGAGGAGGGCUCGCGCUGGCAAAGGAAAUGGGCAUUCCAUUCCUUGGGUCCGUGCCACUGGAUCCGCGAAUCGGAAUGAGCUGUGAUUAUGGAGAGAGCUUCUUCGAUGCCUAUCCAGAUAGCCCGGCUUGUGCGGCCUUGAAGGAUGUUGUCAGGAGGGUGGGAAAAGAGGUCGGAUUAGAUGCAAAGGAUGUCUUGCCUGAGGAUUGAAAGGUGAACAUGUUAGCCAGCGGCCGAUGAGGCUGCCGUCAGGGACCUCACAACGACGUCAACGCGUCGCUCACUAUCAAGACAAGGGCAGAGGAAUAGCCAAUCCGCCAUACUGGUCAGGCUUAAAGGAUAGAAUUCUCCAAGCCAAGUCAAGUUGAGCCGCAAUAUACCCCAUAGGUGCCAUAUACACGUUCGUAGAACUAGGUAAUGCACCAGUUGCUGCAAAGCAUCAGUUAGUCAAGAAUCAAGAAAUAAUCCAAUAGUAUCAGUAUCCAUAUGUCAGAUGUAAUGCUGUGUCGCUCUCGCCGUCUGCUCUCGCCGUCUAUUUCCAUCGUUUAGCGGACAUGCAGCCCCUUUGUCUCCAGGGGAAUCCCCAAUCCUCAUCCCCAUUACCAGAACCUCAGGCCAACACCCCCCCUCCCACAGGCGAAGCACCCCCUUAUAACCCAACUUAACUCACUCUCCUUUCAAGCGGCACAGUAGCGCAGUGGAAGUACCACUGUCUGGACAAUCUGGCCAGGGCUUGGAAAUGAAUAAAAAAGGGCACCAAUUCGACUCCCAGCAAUCGACGACAAUAAAAAAACAAGUUCAACUUCGAGCAACCGACAAGAAAUAAACGAUGACUUCGAGCAACCAACAAGAAUAAACAACGAAUACAUAACAUAACAUCAAAAAGUAAAAUCAAGUGAUUUUCUCCUCAUCAAAUCUCAAGACGCU